AGAUUUGAACUCAGGAAGAGAAGUGUUCCUGAUUCCAGGAGUUCUAUCCUCUAUGGAGCCACCUGGCUGCCCCCUCUUUCAGAUAUACACAGGCUUUAUAACAUCCUCUUUCUUAGUCUCAGUUUCCUCAUUUGGAAAAGGGUCAUAACAUUAUCUGUAGUACCUACCUCACAGAGUUGCUGUGAGGUUCAAAUGAAAUAAUAUAUGUAAAGAACUUUACAAGCAUUAAAAAUGCUAUAUAAAUGACAUUUACUUUAUUCUCCUCUUCAGAAUGCUGAGAGGUUCAGAGAUGUGGAACUAGAAGGGAUUGUAGGGGUCAUUUAGCCUAAUCCUCUCAUUUUACACAUGUGAAAACUGAAUUUCAGAAAAGGACCCAGUCCCCAGCUCUGCUCCUCAAAACUGGAGAAACAAUGAAUUCUAAGAGUUCCGGUCCCUUAUGCCAAACCUGAUGUCCUCAGGACUCAGGACACCCGAACCCAAAUCCUUCAGGUGAUGCUUAAUCCCCACUGAUACCCCCAGGAAGGAGAACUGGCCCCCUGCAUAUGAGAUCAGAUUCCCUAUCAGACCGGGGCCUGGGCCCUAUCGAGCAUUAACAAAGUCUCCCGGCCUCUGGGUUACUGAUUAAUGAUGAAUUUUAACAACAACAAUAACAACAACCACAACCGUGUGCUGGUACCAGUAACAGCACAACAGGGAUUGGAACCCAAAGGCAGGCUCAGGCACGUGAUAAGGGAAAAGCAGCAGAUAAAAAGCCCUGCCCAUCUUUAUCGAGCGCUACCGAACCAAGCUGCAGUCCGUGCAAUGUCUGGAAUGGAGGAGACGCAGGGCGGACUUUCGGAGGGAGCAGAAACAGGUUUACCAGACUUGGCAGCAUGCCCCGUGGUCUGUGCCCAUGCCCCAGAGCAGACAGGAAUGCUCCAGACUAAAUCCCUGGGAGCAUUCCCUGCUGAAACAGAGGCGCAGGAGUCCCCCAGUUCUGCUGACAGAGACUUGGAGUGCCUGGUGUGCUGCCACCGAUACAGCUGUGACCGGCUGCCCAAAGUGCUAACCUGCCAGCACAUCUUCUGUGCCGUGUGCCUGAAGCUCCUUCUGACCAUCCGAGAGGACUCGUGGAUGGUCAUCUGCCCCCUGUGCCGGACGGCUACCUCUGUCCCAGGGGGGCUGAUCUGCAACCUUCGGGACCAGGCGGAGGUCUUGGGGGGGCUGACGGCUCUCGGUCCUGAGGUACAGCUCUCUCCCCAGCAGCUAGCUCAGCCCACGAGAAGAGGGGUGGUCAUCGUGUUGGAUGGGGACACUGAGGACUCGGUCAGUGCCAAUCGAGCAGCCGCCCGGAGACUGGCUGUCCUCCUGGGGCUGCUGGUGCUUCUCAUCUUCCUCAUCCUCCCUUUUGUCUACCCUGGCAUGAUUCGGUGGGUCUUGGUCUUCAUCAUGUGCCUGGCACUGCUGCUUUCUUCCAUGUUCUGUUGCCUACCAGGCAGCAGAGGCUGCUGUAGCCCCGCUAAAACCCUCCUGUCCGCACAGCAGAAACACAGCCACGUGGCUUCCAUUGCCUGACAGGUCCCCGCUGGGGAAAAGGGCCAAUGGAAAGAUUCCCAAGAGGAAAAGACUCCUUCCAGCCAGAGACUUCUGUAUUUCGCAAGGAACAGGAAGCAGUGGAGGUCCCCUCUGAUACGAUGAACUAGCUGUUGUCUCCCUCAGGCACCAAACAUUCUGGGCCUCAUUGGAUUCAAACACUGCAAGGGUGUCUGGUUCCAUGGGCGUGUGUUUGGAAGGUGAGGUGGAACCCAGCUGCUCUGGCCUUUGUUUACCAAUACCAGAGGCCUCCGGGUCCGACUUCUAGGCUUUAGAUGAGACCUGCUCAGGGUGGAGAUGGGAGCUUACAGAUGAAGAGGAAGAGGACCCUGGGGAUAUUGCUGUGUUUGCUUUGUUUACUUUUUACCUUGAACUGAAACAAUUAUUAUUAGGUGGGUUUCUCAGGCUAUCUCUGUAAAAUGAAAGGGUUGGUCAUCAUCAAUUCCAAUAAACUUUGUUCUGAUGUUCCUCAUUCUAAGGCCCCUUCCAACUAUAACAUUUUGUGUUUUAAGGCUCCUACCUCUGAUGUUCCAUGAUCUAAGACCCUUCCCAGCUCUAACAUUCUAUGUUCUAAGGGCCCUCCCAGCUCUUACACUUCAUAUUUUAAGAGCUCUGGAGUUCUGCAUUCUAGGGUCCCUUACAGUUCGGACAUCCUAUGAGUCUAUGAUUCUGUGAUUCCUACCCAGGGAAGAAUUGAUUCAUGGGCUUCAGGGCAUUAGGAUCCCCAAUUAAGCUUUGUCAUAAAGAUAAGAAGAGUCAUAAAUACAACAGUUCUUCCCACCAACCUCCACCCCUUUCCAACCACUGUUUCUCUGGAAAGUUUUCAUUUAAUGUGUCACUUGGGUGAAGGCCAGGUUCAGAUGAAGGUCCUUCUAGGCCUUAGACCCCUCUCUGUUUCACAAGUCUAUUGGUUGUUGCCUUUUUCAUAAGUGUAUUGAUUUCUCUGAGUAGAUAGAUGAUCAAAACUAUCUUAUGUGUCUCUAUUUAUUCAAGAAGAGACCUUUGUUACAGGUUUUUAGCAAAUGCCCUCCAAAAAAAACAAACCUUUACUCCCCCCGCCCCACCAAAAAAAAAAAAAGGGC